CAAAAGAUGGAUGCUGAUCUGGAUGCGGGAGCCAAUUCCCGUUAAAAUGCCGUUCUUUUACUUUAUUAUGAGGCCAAAAUAACAGACAAACAUGUAACAGUUGUCCGUUAUUAAAUGGAUAAAUGAAGUGACGCAGGAUUUGUUGGAAGAAGCGGGAGGAGAGAGAGAAUGUACUGGGUCGCUCGAUUCGCCUCCUCCCGGUCGUUUGUGGUUGAUCUCGGCCGGAAUCAGAGCCCGUCCUUCGUGCUGUGUGGCUCUGAUGAGCGGCAGUUAUUCUAUGGAUACAUAGUAGCCGUCCCUCUGCAGGAUUUUGGUGGUAUCAUGUCGGGACUGGUGUCGGAUUCUUGGUGGAGGAAGACUCUUUACAUCACCGGUGGUGCCCUUCUGGCUGCGGCUGCCUAUCUGCUGCACGAACUACUCUCCAUCAGGAAGGAGCAACAGUUGGAUUCUAAAGAUGCCAUCAUCCUUCACCAGUUCUCCAGGCCAAAGAACGGGGUGCCAAGUCUGUCACCUUUCUGCCUAAAAAUGGAGACCUAUCUGCGCAUGGUUGAUCUGCCCUAUCAAAACUACUUUGAUGGAAGCCUCUCUGCUCAGGGCAAGAUGCCUUGGAUUGAGUAUAACUAUGAGCAGGUGUGUGGAACUGAGUUUAUUAUUGACUUCCUCGAGGAGAAACUGGGUAUGAACCUAAACAAGAGUCUGAGCACACAGGAGCAGGCGGUAGCGCAGGCCAUCACCACAAUGGUUGAAGAACAUUUGUACUGGACUAUUGCGUAUUGUCAGUGGGUGGAUAAUGUUCAUGAGACUCAGGACAUGCUGGAUCUUCCUGGACCCCUCAGUGACCUGCUCAAAUGGAUUCUGUGUCAGCUGACUGGUGGGAUUGUAAAGAGAGAGAUGUACUGUCAUGGCAUUGGCUGUUACACUAAAGAAGAGGUUUACAGUCUCAUGGAGAAAGACAUGCGUACAUUGGCCACACUGCUAGGGGAUAAGAAGUACAUCAUGGGUCCCAAGCUGUCCAGUGUAGAUGCCACAGUGUUCGGUCACCUUGCACAAGCCAUGUGGACACUGCCUGGCACACGGCCUGAGCAGCUCAUUAAAGGAGAACUGAUUAACCUGGCUAUGUACUGUGAGCGCAUAAGGAGGAAAUUCUGGCCCGAAUGGUUUGUAGACUUAGAGGACUUCUGUUAUGAUACUGACAAUGACACCUCCAGUGGAACGGCCAACUGCCUGAUGGACCUUGGUCUCUUUUCCAGGACAGACACUUUAGAGGAGAGUGAUCUAAGCUCCCUGUCACACAGUAACGCACAUUUGCAAGACACAGACCAUUCUGGACGCUCACUUUCCGACUUUGACAUUGAAGUAGACCGCUCAGAUAUGGAGCAGCAGGUAAAGGAUUAAAUCAUAUAACCUCUGCAUUUAGUAAGGGGUGGUUGCUUAAUUUAAAUGGAUGCACCUGUGUUUCCACCAACUAGAAAGUUUGGUGUAACAUCUGGUGUAAAAGAACACAAUGGCAAAUGUGGUGGCUCCCUAUUCUUCAAAACUGAAAUUUAAAUUUCUUGUCUGAAUGAAUGGACCUGAAGUAGAAAAAACUGUGUGUAUAUAUGUGUAUGAUUCAGUAGUUUCAACAUGACAUCGGUUGUGGAUAUGUAUUCAAGAUUUACAUCACAGAAGUUGGAUUCUUACUUUUGCUACCUGUGUGAGACAUGUUUAAAAGAUCAUCUGUUCUCAGUUGUGGAAUGUUUGCCAUAUAUGAGUCACAGUUUAAGUUUGGCUUUUAGUUUUAGAAUUACAAACUAUUCUGUCAUUCAGACACCCCAGCAGUUCAGGGUAAAGCCACAAGAGGUCUACAUUGUAGUGUUUCUGCAAUAAUGUGCAUGCUUAACUGAACUGAUACUACAGCAAAAACAAUUAACAUUCAAUACAGUACACUAAAAUGCUGUUGCAAAUCAGACAAAUUGAUCAAUCAAAUAUAGUGGGGUUAUAAAAUCUGAUUCCACUUGUGGAAAUGCUUCUAUUCUUUAUUAGAAAUUUUAGCAUGACAAUUUGAUAAAACUAAAGCUGUAUGAAUUUCUUUCUCCUGUUUAACCCUGAGAAUUCCUAUUUGCAGAUCAGCUGAACAAUACUUUCGAGAUUGAUAAAGGGAUUAUGAAGUAUUUAAUCACCUUUCUCACUCACCUGUCUAACAUAAAUAACACAGGAAGUCCAGAUUUCAUGCAUAUUUAGCCUGAGGAAUAAAACAGAACAGAAUAUUUGUAUUGUUUUUUUUAUUUAUAUUUUUAAUGGUCACACUUUAUAUUUAGUGUCUUUAACUAUUAUCUAGUAACAUUAAAAUACAUAUAAUACAACAUAUUUACUGUGUAACUACAGUUCUCAUAAGAUUUACAAAUGCUGUUACUGAGUUUGAGGUAUGGGGUAAGUUUAGGAGUAGGGGUAGGUUUAGGUUAGGGGUUAGAGUUAGGUUUUAGGGUAAGGGUUGGGUAAGGUUUAGGGUUAACAGUGUAGCUACAAAUGUAAUUAAAUGCAUGUACUCUAAAUGUAAGUACAAUGCAACAACACAUAUGUACAUAAUAAGUACAUUGUAUGAAACGCUUAAGUAGUUAAAGAUGCCUAUUAUAAAGUGGGACUUUUUUAUUUGCUAGGGCUCCAGUGUAUCAUUAGUUUCAACUGAGUCUUGAUCAGACUGAAUGGUGCUUAAUGCCUGUGUGCCUGAUUUCUGUCAUCUCCACUAUCCUGUCCUUGUGUCUCUUCCUUCAAGCAGUGUUUGGUUUUGUAAUACACACCUGUGUAAUACAGUUAAGCUACCACUAGAGGGCACUGUGACCAUUUAUUCAUAUAUUGGGUGGGUCCUAUACAGCCAGUUAGUUGUAUUGCCCUUUGCGUGCAUCCCUGUUAACUUCUGCCUUAAAACAACAUUUAUAAAUAUCAAUAAUUUCAGCACUGUAAGAACAAAGGUGAACCUCUAGUAAACACUCAGAAGUCAUCAACUUUGUUAAGGAAGAGUUAGGGUUGACAAAAUGUUUUCUCUUCGUGUGUGUGUGUGUGUGUGUGUGUGAUUGGUUUACCAAAGUGUGGCACGCACAUACUUUUGCAGAUUUGCCUUAGUUGAGGAAAGGUUAAUGUGAUCUACAGUCACAUGCUGAGUUUUCCCUCUGUUUGUUGAAUUUACUUGAAACCCAAGCCAGUACGAAGUGAAAUAAUUCUAUCCCUAAGGUAGUUUUUAUUCUGUUGUUUAAUUUCAAUAUUGUUUGCAUACUUUAAAUUAUUGAAAGACUGUGGACAAUGUAAAAAUUCAGAUAGAAUCAUGUGAACAUAUGCGACAAAAAUGGCACUGAAAACAGGGUCCAUACAAUCAGUGAGGUGUGUCAUACUGUAUGUGUGUGUAUGAUGGUUGCCUGUUAUAGGCACAUUAUUUACCUGCAUGUGCGUUUAUGUGUGUGUUUGUGUGUGUGUCUCUAGACAUGUGAUCUGGUGUACCAAAGUUCAACAGUGGAAAUCCUCUAUCCUCAAUCCUUUUUUAUAGAACCUUUCCUUCUCUAUAUAUAGAUUUAUAAUUUAAUUAUUCUAUACCAUGUCAGUUUAGAGGAGUAAAUCCAAUCUCAUCUGGAUCGUGUGUAAAUAUUACUUAACUUGCAAAUUUUGAUUACAAAGUUUCACAGUGUAAAAUAUAUACAGGUCUUUAAGUGACUUAAAACUCAUGCCUAUGAAUUGAAGAAAUAAAACACACACCUAAAAUUGCCUUUUUGAUCCAUGAUAACAGUUCACAAAAACUCACAUUCAAAACCAUGCAACACAAAAUACAUCAACAUCUCCGAAUUAUUUUCUACCCUGUGAUAUAUGUUUGUUUAUAAAAUUGCAUUCGGGAAAUGUUUCUAUGUGUUGAGAACAUAGCUGGAUUAUGUUCUUAUCCUUAACCGAGAAGAGAUGUCGAAGGAUGUUUUGUUAUCUGUUAUUAAAGUUUGAAGCCAGAUUACAGAAUGAAUGUCCUGUCUGUGGAAAUAAAUGAUAGUUAUAAAUAUAGAUUCUAUCUAAUUUGAAUCAGCUAUAAAAUAUUGUGCAUAACUGUCUGAGACCCUCCCAUGAGUGUUAAUUAGUUAUCCUAAACUUGACUGGUUGUUUGACAAUGAUUGCUCCAAACUUAAAUAAAAA